AUGAUAGUUCACUUUUAUCAUCUUUUAAAAAGUUUUUUACUGAUAAAAGCUUUAUCAAUUGAUUUUGAAAAUGAUAUCAAAGAACAAUCUAAAAGAAUUUUAAAUGUUAUAAAAUAUAUUGUAACAGAAGAUGAAUUAAAUAACUGUAAUAAACCUGUAAAACUUUUAAUAAAAAACAUCGUUGACUAUAAAAUUAUAAGAAAUAAACUUUUAAAAUAUGUAUUUGAUGAUUCUGAUGAGGAAAAUUUAGAAAUAAAAGUGAAUGAAUUUGUAGAAAUGUUAAAUUUGAGUGAUCUUUAUUUUUUUAAAGAGCAAAUGAAAAAUUUAAUUCAAAAAGAAGAAGAUUUAAAUAAUUUAAAGAUAUCAUUAAGGGAAAACAAGGAUUUAUUGUUUAAGAAACAACUAGAAAAAAAGGAGUGUAAAACUUUUAUUCAUAAAAAAAUCAAGAAAAUUAAAGAGAUAAAUAAGAAAAUUAAAAGUAAAAACUUACAUAUUAAUUGUAAGGAAAACAUUAACAAUAAAAAUCUCUUAAAAUCUGAAAAACAAACGGAUCAAAAAGAAUUUAAGAAAAGCCUUUAUGAAUUAAAAACUUCAAAGAAACUUUAUGGUGAAUGUAAAGCAGAUAUUGAAAUUUUAAAUCAAAAAAUUUUAAAUCAAGAAAGAAAUUAUAUUAAAACUGAACAUCAUCUUUUAGAAGAAAAAUAUGAACUUUAUAAAAAAAGGAGAAUUAUUUUUAAAGACCUUGAAAAAAUUAUAAAAAAUAGAGAAACUGAAGUCAACCUAUUAAUUCAUUCUAUAAAAUAUAAAAAUGUUUGUAAUGAACUAGAUGUUAUUAAUAUUGAAAUAUCACUUUUGGAAGAUAUAAUAAAAUUAAAUUUGAAUGAAGACGAAGAACACCAUUUGAUCUUAAGUGGUUUAGAAAAUAUGAAAAGUAUAAAAAAUGAAGAAAAAAAUUUACUUAAAAAAAUUAAUUCAGUUGAGGAGUUUAAAAAAUAUUUUCAUUGGAAAUCUUCAAAUACUAAAAAUGAUUUAGAAGCUCUUAAAAAUAUCCUUUGGGUUUUAAUAAAUCCUUUCAAUCCUGAUGAUCCAAAAAUUCAUUAUGAUUAUUAUGAAUAUUUACUGGAUUCUAAAUUAAAACAAAUUGAAGAGAAAAAUAAAUCUUAA